AUGGGUCCCCAUGCCAUCGGCACCUUCGGGGUUCCGCAUCUUUUAAGUUACUUUUCUGAUCCAAUUAAGUCUCCACGUGAAGUGAGCCCCCACCUUUUUAACGUAUAUAUGUGA